CGCUUUUUUCGUGACUUCCAAUGAGGAAGUUUAUCAGCUAUUCAGACUAUUCAGACUUAUUAAUUUAUCAGACUAUAAUCAGCUGUUCUAAACUUCCUCAUUGGAAGUCACGAAAAAAGCGGCUCUGAAGAAGGCGACACUCUUCCCAAAGGUUCCUGAUCAAAUAAAUAAUGAAAUCUGUAUAGGUGUCUUUUUGUGUAUCGACUGCUCAGCAACUCAUCGCAACUUGGGAGUACACCUAACAUUUGUCCGCUCAACAAAUUUGGACGUGAACUGGACAUGGCUGCAACUGCGAGCCAUGCAAGUAGGCGGCAACGCAAAUGCGACUCAGUUCUUCAAGCAACAUGGUUGCAAUAGCAAUGAUGCCCAAAUUAAAUACAAGAGUAGAGCUGCACAAUUAUACAAGAGGUUCAAAACAAAUAUGGCAACGCAAUCUUCAUUGAUACAGCAGCUGAAGCAGUACAUCUACCGAUCUCGAUUUCAGGAAGAUUUCUUCACCCAGGUACUUGUUCAUGCCUCACAAAGUGCAACUUCGUUAGGGAGUGAUGCUUACAUAGCAAGGGAAGACGAAACAUUAGAACAGUGUGGGGACAUCCAUGGAGAACAAGUGGAUCACCUCGAUUCGGAAGCUGUAGCAACGUCAGCACCGCAUGUUACGCGGAUUCUUAAGAAACCUGUAAAAAAAUCUGGUGCUGCUAAGAAGUCGACUUUAGGAGCUCAGAAAGUUAAUAUAGAUUUCGAAAAUUUGGAGCAACGAGCUAACAUUUUGCCUAAGGUGGGACUCAGUGCUCGCUUGGCUAUGCAGGACAUACAGAAGAAAACACUUGAGGCCAAGGUGUCAUCAGACCCACAAAAAGCGGGAGCAGUCGACCGGUUAGGAAUGGGUGGUUUUGGAAGACCCUGUGCAGCUCAUUCCGUAGCACAAGGUGUAAAGCCGAUACGACAACGUGCUAUGACUUCCAUAUCACCGACGCGAAAAGGUGAAGAAGACUGGGAAGUUAAAUCUUUUUUUUUCUUACUUUCCCUCCACAUCCCACUUCAUAAUGCAAAACCGCUCUUUAGGACCACAACGAGGACUGCUGUUGUAUCUGCACCGGUGUCUGAGUUUGAUAUUCAAAAAAAGUUCGCGGGAGCGAAGUCUAUUUCUAGUGACAUGUAUUUCGGCAAUAACGAAAUGGAUUAUGAAACAAAAGCAGCGCUUUCGCGUUUUGAAGGGCAGUCUUCAUUGGGCUCUGCGGAUUUAUGGGGACAAGGAAGUCAGCCUCAGUAUUCCCAGGUUCCCGAAAUGUCUGAUAUAAAGGAUUCACUGCGAGCUGGUGCAUCAAAAGUUGCUGAGAAGUUCUCUUCACUUUCUAUGUCAUUGUCAUCCUACAUGUCGGUAGGUAACCCACCUAUUCGGUUUGCUUUAAUAUUCGUGCUCUACAUUGUUUAUUAA